GAGAUGCUUAUUUUGAUAUUUUUGUUCAGAAUAGGUGCAAUACAUCAAGACUUAUAAUGGAGGUUACUGUGUUCACUCCCUCUUUGGAAGGAAUGGAAGCUGUCAAGUCUGAGCAAGGAGAGAUGCUCACAAAGCCUUUUCUUGAUGUCUGCAAACAUAUCCUGCCAGUUAUAGAUAAAUUUGGAGCAGCUUUGGCACUUGUUAAAUCGGACAUAGGGGGUAACAUAACAAGACUUGAGAACAAAUAUAAUACUGAUCCCUCAAAAUUCAAAUAUCUCUACACUUUUGUUCAAGUAGAAGUUGAGACCAAAACAGCCAAGUCUUCAUCAAGCUGCACUAAUGGCCUUCUGUGGCUUACGAGAGCAAUGGAUUUCUUGGUGGAACUAUUUCGUGACUUACUUGAGCAUCCUGACUGGGCCAUGUCACAAGCCUGCUCUGAUUCUUACAACAAGACUCUCAAAAAGUGGCAUGGUUGGCUAGCAAGUUCAGCCUUUACGGUCGCCAUGAAGCUCGCUCCUGAUAGGAAGAAGUUCAUGGAGGUUAUUGGAGGCAGUGGAGACCUCAAUGCUGAUAUAGAGAAAUUCUGCUCAACUUUUGCUCCUCUGCUUGCAGAAAUACACAAGUUUCUGGCUAGUUGUGGCCUUGAUGACAUGAAGGCUUCUUAAUUACAGAACAUCUAUCGAUUUAAUUCUAAUAAAAAUUUUGUGAUGGCGUGAGCUAAGUUGAACUAAGCACCUUAUAUUUGAGAAAUCAGUUUAUGCGUACCUGCAAAUUGUUGCAAUAAGAAACUAUUUUGAAUUUUCUGUCAUAUAAUGGAAGUUAUUGCACAUCUGUUUGUGCUGUAAUUUUCUUCUUCCC